AGCCAAUCGUCCAGUAAGCUCACUGUCUCGAGGGGUUGUCAUGGAAGCGGCGCUGGGCGACGCAGCCAACGGUAGGGCAUAGAACUGAAGUCCCACCCCUUGCCAGGCGAGACUCCGGCGCAACCUGGACGUUAGUGGCCCGGGCUGGACGACAGAUGGCUUAUAAGGGCAAGCAAAACAUUCCAGGACCAUCCCGGAGGAAGGGGAUGACAGGUCCCAAACUGGAACUCAGUGCCGAUCAAAAGCAGCAGAUGCGGGAUGCCUUUGACCUGCUGGAUGCAGACGGGACAGGGACCAUCGAUGUGAAAGACCUGAAGGUGUCAAUUCGUGCCCUGGGCUUUGAACCAAGUAAAGACGAGCUGAGAAAGAUCAUGCUGAACGUGGAUAAAGAAGGAUCAGGGAAGAUCGGCUUUGACGCCUUUUACUCUGUGAUGACUCACAAAAUGUCAGAACUUGAUCCCAAAGACGAGAUCCUGAAAGCCUUCAAGUUGUUUGAGGACCACAAAAGUGGAAAGAUCUCCUUCAGUGACCUCAAGCGCAUCGCCAUGGAGAUUGGGGAGAGCCUGACUGACGAGGAACUGCAGGAAAUGAUUGAUGAAGCUGAUGUGGACGGAGAUGGUGAAGUGAAUGAGCAGGAGUUUUUGAGGAUCAUGAAGAAGUACAGCUGAGUGUCUCUCUCUUCUUUGCCCCACCACUCCCCAUCUCUUGAGCACAGCUGCAGACAUACCAGAGAAGCUUGUGGCAUUCUUCCAGCCCUACACGAUCUUCAGAGGAGCAAAGGCACAGCCAAGGAUCUUGUUGCCUUCAGGGAUACAGAAUAGGGGCUGGGGGUGCCACUGUUUUUAACCUGUUACCUGUUUUAAACUCUUCACAGCCAUUGCAGAAAGCAUUAAAAGCACCUUGCACCAUUUCUGAGA